GGUGCAGGCAGGAGACCAGCCCGGAAAGGGAGACGGAACCCGACUGGGCUGGGAUGGGGGGACCCGGGGAUCCGCAGGCGGGCAGACGCGUCUAGCAGCGGCUUCUCAGGAAGAAGGCUGAAAGUUCAAGAUGCGAUAGGAGUUUUCAGGUGUGGAGAGGACUGGCUGCCCAUCUCCCAGGCCAGUCCUUGAAACUUGUCCAACCUUCCAAUGACAGCCACAUGGCUGCCUUCCUGUGUGGUGCCUGAUGAUUCAGUGAGAAGCCCACCCGUGACUCUUCCAGGCAGCCAUGCCCAGCCCGGUCCCCACGCUGCUCUUUAUCCUGCUCCUGGCAGGGUUAACUAGUGCCUUCCGGAUCUGUGCCUUCAAUGCCCAGAGGUUGACAGUUGCCAAGGUGGCGAAGGUCCACAUCAUGGAAACUAUGGUUAAGAUCUUGGCUCGGUGUGACAUCACGGUGUUGCAGGAAGUGGUGGACACCUCAGGCGAUGCCAUUCCUUUGCUGCUCAGGGACCUCAACAGGUUUGAUGACUCUGGCCCCUAUAGCUUCCUGAGUAGUCCUCUGCUGGGACGCAGUACCUACAUGGAGAAAUAUGUCUAUGUGUACCGAUCACACAAGACCCAGGUCUUGAAUGCCUAUGUUUAUGAUGAUAAGAUGGAUGUCUUUGCCCGAGAACCAUUUGUGGCCCAAUUCAGCCUGCCCAGCAAGGUGCUCCCCAAGCUGGCCCUGGUGCCAUUGCACACAACCCCCAAGGAUGUGGCAACUGAGCUGGAUGCCUUGUACAUCGUCUUUCUUAAUGUCUCCCAGCAGUGGCAGAAUGAGGUGAAUGUGAUACUACUUGGGGACUUCAAUGCAGACUGCUCAUCACUGUCCAAGAAGCGUCAAGGGGAGCUGGUGCUAAGAACCAAUCCAGGCUUCCUUUGGGUGAUCCCUGAUGGGGAGGACACAACUGUGAGGGAUAGCACAUACUGCACCUAUGACCGAAUUGUGGUUCAUGGAGAGCACUGCCAAGGGCUGGUGAAAUGGGCUGCUGCCUUCAAAUUUCCCCAAAGCUUCCAACUGACUGAGGCUGAGGCUCUGAACAUCAGUGACCACUAUCCUGUAGAGGUAGAGCUGAAUGGGUCCCCAGGUUGGCCCUUGGCCUACAUCCCUGUUAACGUUGCUAUGCUGCUUCUGCUCACUGGACUGGAAUCCCCAUUGUGAAAACUUUGGCCUUUGGGAUCCUGGCUUCCUCAUCUUGGGGACCUCUCCAGGGACUGACCUCUCUCCCCUUCUCCAUAGCUGUAACAGCUGGAAUCAAAAGUGCCUUUUUCUUGACUCCAUCAGAGCCAGGACCCAGCUCACUCUUUCCCUUCUUCUCACCUCCUUCGUGAGCACCCUACCUUCUGUUCUCUUCCCCUACCCAUUCCCCCAAUAUAUUUAUUCAUUUCUGCUCCUGUGACUUGGAAGUCAGGGAGGGAGGUGGCUCUGGGACGAGGCCCCUUCCUUCUCCUGGCCUUUGGGGUCAUUAUCUCAUCCACGAGACUGUACUGACUGCAUGUAGGGGCUGUCCCACACCUUUACCAGAGUUGUCCUAAGAACUGUGCUGGCUGCCAGACCUGGUGGGCCAGGUGUUGACUCAGGAAACCAUGGGAUCCAACCACAACUCACACUCCUAGAUCCCCUCCUCAGAUCUGUUCCUUUUGGAGUAGAGGCUAUGGUCUGAGAGUUGCCCACCCCUCUUGGCCUCAGCUUCCCCACUGGGGAUUUGGUGGGGCCCAUCAAUAUCCCAUGGGCAACUGAAAGCUUUGGGGGGCUCUCGGAGAUGCUGCCUGACUGAAGUCCUCUGGACUAAAUAAACAGGGUCACUGAACUCAA